AUGUCCGCAGACGAGAAACCAGGCAGCGUGGAUCGCAUCGAGGAUAUCGCACGACAGUCGACGGGCCAGGAGACGCCGCCCAGUGACUAUGAUGAGGAGUUCACGCCAGAGGAGCAGAGGAAGAUUAUCCGGCGGAUUGAUUUGCGCUUGGUUACUAUGACGGGUCUUGCGUAUUGUAUUUCGCUGAUGGAUCGGACGAAUCUGAGUGCGGCGGCGAUUGCGGGUUUGAAGACAGAGCUGGCAUUGAGUGUUGGAAAUCGUUAUUCGAUUGUCGUCCUCAUGUUUUUCGUUCCCUAUAUUAUCUUCCAACCACCGAUGACCAUCCUGAUCCGCAAGAUCGGGCCAACCAUCUUCCUCAGCACGAUUAUCAUGACUUGGGCGGUGAUUAUGAUUGGAACGGGAUUCGCCAAGAAUUGGGGCCAAUUGGUCGGAUUGCGUGUUCUACUUGGUGUCCUGGAAGCUGGAUACUUCCCUGGGUGUGUCUAUCUGCUGUCUUGCUGGUAUACGCGAUAUGACGUUCAAAAACGGUUCUCCGUCUUCUACUUGAUUGGCUGCGUGGCCUCCGCGUUGUCUGGUAUCCUUGCCUUUGGCUUGAUGCAGUUGAAUGGCCAGCAUGGGCUCAGCGGAUGGCGAUGGAUCUUUAUCCUUGAGGGUGUGAUCACCGGUGCUAUCGGUUUACUCUGCUACGUCUUCCUGGUGGAUUUCCCCGACCGGGCAGCCAAAUCGUGGAAAUUCCUUAAUCAAAAGGAGUGUGACUUUAUCGUGCGACGCAUCAACAAUGACCGCAAGGAUGGAGAUCUAGAAGCUUUCUCGCUGAAGAAGUUCCUGCGACCCGCAGGUGACCUUAAAAUCUGGGGCUUUGCCCUGAUCUUCUUCUGCCUGACCACCGUCACCUACGCAAUCGCCUACUUCCUCCCCAUCAUCCUUAUGGAAGGCAUGGGCUUCGGCGUCGGCGCAGCUCAAUGCCUCGUAGCUCCACCCUACGUCUUCGCCGGUAUGGUGAUGUACAGCACCGCCUGGUUUGGCGACAAGUACCACGUGCGCGCGCCGGUUCUCAUCUUCAACGCUCUACUCUGCAUCAUCGGACUGCCCAUGAUGGGAUUCGCCAAGGGCGACGCCACGCGCUACGCGGGCGUGUUUUUCACCGUAGCUGGCGCCAAUGCGAAUAUCCCCUCGUGCAUGGCGUACCAGGCGAACAAUGUCCGGGGACAGUGGACGAGAGCGUUCUCGAGUGCGACCCUCGUUGGAUUUGGUGGUUUGGGCGGUAUCGUCAGCAGUCUGGUGUUCCGUACUCAGGACGCGCCAGAGUAUCGGCCGGGAAUGUACGCCGCGCUCGCGUGUAAUGUUUUGAUUAUUCUGAUUGUGGGCGUUAUGAGUGUCUGGUUCCGGUUCUGCAAUGGACAGGCCAGCCAGGGGAAACGGGUUAUCGAGGGGGAGGCCAGCUUCCGGUAUACCAUUUAA